CUUUACCACUACUCGCUAUAGAGCCCUGGUCAAGUUCUCUCGACCUCUCUAUCUAUGUCUCAGUUUCUUCAUCUGUAACAUCAAAUGAAUAAUAAUACCAAUCUCCUAGACUUCAUAAGAGGGUUAACAAAGACAAAAUAUGGGAAAAACAUAACAUGGUGUCCCAUAAUUAUUAGAUCUUAUUAUUGACACUAAAAUGGCAUUAAAAUUACCAAAAGGAAGACAGCAUCUUUUUCCUCUUUGGUCCUGAGCUGGUUAAAAGGAACACUGGUUGCCUGAACAGCCACACUUGCAACCAUGAUGCCUAAACAUUGCUUUCUAGGCUUCCUCAUCAGUUUCUUCCUUACUGGUGUAGCAGGAACUCAGUCAACGCAUGAGUCUCUGAAGCCUCAGAGGGUACAAUUUCAGUCCCGAAAUUUUCACAACAUUUUGCAGUGGCAGCCUGGGAGGGCACUUACUGGCAACAGCAGUGUCUAUUUUGUGCAGUACAAAAUCAUGUUCUCAUGCAGCAUGAAAAGCUCUCACCAGAAGCCAAGUGGAUGCUGGCAGCACACUUCUUGUAACUUCCCAGGCUGUAGAACAUUGGCUAAAUAUGGACAGAGACAAUGGAAAAAUAAAGAAGACUGUUGGGGUACUCAAGAACUCUUUUGUGACCUUACCAGUGAAACCUCAGACAUACAGGAACCUUAUUACGGUAGGGUGAGGGCGGCGUCGGCUGGGAGCUACUCAGAAUGGAGCAUGACGCCGCGGUUCACUCCCUGGUGGGAAACAAAAAUAGAUCCUCCAGUCAUGAAUAUAACCCAAGUCAAUGGAUCUUUGUUGGUAAUUCUGCAUGCUCCAAAUUUACCAUAUAGAUACCAAAAGGAAAAAAAUGUAUCUAUAGAAGAUUACUAUGAACUACUAUACCAAGUUUUUAUAAUUAACAAUUCACUAGAAAAGGAGCAAAAGGUUUAUGAAGGGGCUCACAGAGUGGUUGAAAUUGAAGCUCUAACACCACACUCCAGCUACUGUGUAGUGGCUGAAAUAUAUCAGCCCAUGUUAGACAGAAGAAGUCAGAGAAGUGAAGAGAGAUGUGUGGAAAUUCCAUGACUUGUAGAAUUUGGCACUCAGCAAUGUGGAAAUUCUAAAGCUCCCUGAGAACAGGAUGACUCGUGUUUGAAGGAUCUUAUUUAAAAUUGUUUUUGUAUUUUCUUAAAGCAAUAUUCACUGUUACACCUUGGGGACUUCUUUGUUUACCCAUUCUUUCAUCCUUUAUAUUUCAUUUGUAAACUGUAUUUGAACAACAUUCCCCCCAAAAAUUGAAAUAUAAAGACAAGGCAGAGAAUAAAGUGUUCUAUGAAAUUCAGAACUUUAUUUCUGAAUGUAACAUCCCUAAUAACAACCUUCAUUCUUCUAAGACAGCAAAAUAAAAAUUUAACAACCAAGGAAUAGUAUUUAAGAAAAUGUUGAAAUAAUUUUUUUAAAAUAGCAUUACAGACUGAGGCAGUCCUGAAGCAAUGGUUUUUCACUCUCUUAUUGAGCCAAUUAAAUUGACAUUGUUUUGACAAUUUAAAAUUUCUAUACGGAUGAAUAUUUUUCAUACAUUUCUAUUUUAUAUGAAUAUACUUUUUAUAUAUUUAUUAUUAUUAAAUAUUUCUACUUAAUGAAUCAAAAUUUUGUUUUAAAUUCUACUUAUGUAAAUAAGAACAGGUUUUGGGGAAAAAAAUCUUAUGAUUUCUGGAUUGAUAUCUGAAUUAAAACUAUCAACAACAAGGAAGUCUACUCUGUACAAUUGUCCCUCAUUUAAAAGAUAUAUUAAGGUUUUCUUUUCUGUUUGUUUUUGUUUUGUUUAGUUUUUAAUCCUAUCUUAGAAGAACUUAUCUUUAUUCUCAAAAUUAAAUGUAAUUUUUUUAGUGACAAAGAAGAAAGGAAACCUCAUUACUCAACCCUUCUGGCCAAGAGUGUCUUGCUUGUGGCGCCUUCCUCAUCUCUAUAUAGGAGGAUCCCAUGAAUGAUGGUUUAUUGGGAACUGCUGGGGUCGACCCCAUGCAGAGAACUCAGCUUGAAGCUGGAAGCACACAGUGGUUAGCAGGAGAAGGACUGGUGUUGGUAGGUGCCUACAGAGACUAUAGAGCUAGACAAAGCCCUCCAAACUGGCCCCUCCUGCUCACUGCCUCUCCUGAGUAGAAAUCUGGUGACCUAAGGCUCAGUGUGGUCAACAGAAAGCUGCCUUCUUCACUUGAGGCUAAGUCUUUAUAUAUGUUUAAGGUUGUCUUUCUAGUGAGGAGAUACAUAUCAGAGAACAUUUGUACAAUUCCCCAUGAAAAUUGCUCCAAAGUGUGAUAACAAUAUAGUCGGUGCUUCUAGUUAUAUGCAAGUACUCAGUGAUAAAUGGAUUAAAAAAUAUUCAGAAAUGUAUUGGGGGGUGGAGGAGAAUAAGAGGCAGAGUAAGAGCUAGAGAAUUGGUUUCCUUGCUUCCCUGUAUGCUCAGAAAACAUUGAUUUGAGCAUAGACGCAGAGACUGAAAAAAAAAUUUACUUUGAUCUCUGUUUUUGAAUUCUUAUUAUUUAUAUUUUGCUUACUACCUUUUUUGCCUUUUGUCCUUUUGUGGAGAGGGCGAUGAAUUAAGAGUAGUGGGGUGGGUGGCGAGUAAGUAAAAUUUCAAAUAGCAUUUUAGUGAAUGCAAUUCAGUAGUCCUGAAGCCUGACUUAAUAAAACAAAAUUCAUUUAUGGUUGUUUCAUGAAAGUUAUUAGAUAGGAUCAAGUUUUGUUUGUAUAUUGUUUGCCUUGCUCUGGUUUUGCUUUUGUGCUCAGGUAAGUGCAAAAUACUCUGUGAAAAUCAUAAUUGUCAUCUUCUUCAUGGUGUUAGGGAUAUAUUGUCAUACGAUUUCAAUAAAUCCUUGAAUUUUUUGCUUUA